AUGUCGGGGGAGAAAUGCGGCCUUGAAGUCAUUAAGGGUGUGUGUGAGGUGUUGGCUUCCAACAGCACCAAGCCCAGUUCCCUGCCUUUCACCCUCACUGGGAUUCCUGGUGUGCCACCGAGCAGCCACUGGAUGGCAUUGCCUCUUUGCUGCCUCUACCUCCUCAUGCUCCUGGGGAACAGCACCUUACUCUGGAGUAAGACUGACCACAGCCUCCAUACACCCAUGUGCUAUUUCCUCUCCAUGCUGUCCAUGGCAGACCUGGGCAUGUCUCUCUCCACCCUGCCCACCAUGUUGGCCGCUUUCUGGUUUAAGUCCACCUCCAUCCGUUUUGAGGAAUGUGUUGUCCAGGUGUACUCCAUCCACAUCUUCUCCACCGUAGAGCCCAGGGUCCUGGUGGCCAUGGCCUCUGACCGCUUCAUUGCUAUCUGCCGCCCUUUGCACUGGUCUGUGCUGACCAGUCCCCUGAUAAUGAAGACCGGGAGGGCAAUUUUCAUGCAGGGCAUCUGCACCGUGCUCCCCAUUGCUGUUCUCAUCAGGAAGAUGCCCUUCUGCUGGUCCCCAGUGCAAUCCCACUCCUGCCUGCACCAGGACAUGCCGAGGCUGUUGUGCAGGGAUGUCCAGGUGAGCAUUCUGUAUGGGCUGAUGGCCAUGGUGGGGGAGAAGGCUGCUGGGAGCAGCCAAGGGAAUCACUCUGAUGGCAGAUUCAGGCUCUGA